GAGACACUUUGAUCAAAAAAAAAAAAAAAAGAUCACAGAGACAGACAGAGAGAGAGAGAGAGCUAAAAAAAAAGCGAAGCUGCAAGGAAGGAAACAACUUGAAAAAAGACAUUCAAAUGUCGGUGUGUUUAAAUUUGUUGUUGAUUUCUCUGUCACAAAUCUCUUCAUCAUCUCAUCUGCCCCCAUUACCCAAAAAGAACCAACGAAUCACACCGAAGAAGAUGAAUCCACGGUGGCGCAAAACUGACCCACCCAUCCCACCGCCUCUCUUUUCCCUCCCCACCACCCAGAGAGAUUUUUUCCCCCAAUCUACAGUUUGUCGGUUACUUCCUUCCUUCCUCUCCCCCCCUAAACCUUUAUAAACCCUUCAUCUCUUCCCUUCUCCUACUAAUACUUGUCUUAAAUCCCCCCUUAAUUAACCCCCCUUUACUAAACCCGUUAAAUAUUCCUUUCUUUUUUCAAAUGAGCCCCAAAAAAUAUGAUUUUCCUAAACCAAGUCCAAUUUCAGUACCGGGGUCUCUCUACUCAGACUGCGUCGACGACACUUCUGACAUCAUGGGUUUCUCUGGCUCUACUCCUCCACUCCCUCCUACGCCACUUGACUUGUUGCAAGCGAAUCAAGUUCCGCCCUUUUUGUCCAAGACUUUUGAUUUGGUGGAUGACCCCAGCCUUGACCCUGUCAUCUCUUGGGGACUCGCCGGUGCCAGCUUCGUCGUUUGGGAUCCUCUCGAGUUCGCCAGAACCAUUCUCCCUAUGAAUUUCAAACAUAACAAUUUCUCCAGCUUCGUCAGACAGCUUAACACUUAUGGAUUUCGAAAGAUUGAUACUGACAAAUGGGAAUUCGCUAACGAGGCCUUCCUUAGAGGCAAGAAACAUCUUCUCAAGAACAUUCAUCGUCGUCGAUCACCACAAUCCAACCAAACUUGCACUAGUAGCUGCAACCAAAGCCAAGGGUCACCUACUGAGGUUGGAGGAGAGAUCGAGAAACUUAGGAAAGAGCGGCGUGCAUUGAUGGAGGAAAUGGUAGAGCUUCAGCAGCAAAGCAAAGGCACAGCUCGCCAUGUAGACGCUGUGAACCAGAGGCUGAAAGCUGCAGAGCAACGUCAGAAGCAGUUGCUCUCUUUCUUGGCUAAGUUGUUUCAGAACCCGGCUUUCUUGGAACGCCUGAAGAACCUCAAAGGAAGAGAAAAAGGAGCACUCGGAUUGGAAAAGGCCAGAAGGAAGUUCAUCAAGCAUCAGCAGCCUCAGGAUUCUCCAACAGGAGCGGAGAUGGUGAAGUAUGAAGCUGAUGAUUGGGAGAGAUUGCUAAUGUAUGACGAAGAGACUGAGAAAACUCCACUCUCUGGCCAACAAGGGAUGACUUCAAGCGUAGGAGGAACCGAUCCGAAAGGCAAGAACUUGAUGAAUAUAUCAGAGGAAGAGAUGACAAAACCAGAUUACUUGAUGUCCUUCCCAUCUCCUGAAGGACUUAUCAAACAAGAAGAGACAUGGAGCAUGGGUUUCGAUACUACAAUACCGAGUUUCGGCAACACCGAUGUAUGGGGAAACACAAUGGACUAUAGUGAUGUCUCGGAGUUUGGUUUUGUUGCAGAAACAGCAAGUGGUGGUUUGCCUGAUGUCUACUGGGAACAAUUUGCUGCAGGAAUCACAGAGAAUGGAUUCAACUGGCCAACUGGUGAUGAUGAUAAUACGCCAAUGGAUGAUCCUUAAUAGCUUUUCAUAUAUAGUUUAGACCAGAAACCCGUUUAUAAUCGGGUGAACUAUUAAUUCAUUAUUCAUUUUGAAUGCACUCUUAUGCAUAUAAUAAUAAUAAUGAGUUUGAUUGUGCCUUUUCUUAUUCAGAA